CCUCCUUCCCCUUCACCUAAGAGGCGCAGGAUGGCCGGUGAGGACUGUAGUUCUGCCACGACACCCGCCCCGUCAACACCCCCAACAUGAAGCUCCUCGUGUGUCUCCUGGCCUGCGCCGCCCUGGCUGCUAGCCAGUCGUGCCCCCCAGAGGACGUGCACUUCUUCUCAGACUCCCAGUACUGUGACAGGUAUGUGGAGUGCCGGGAGGGCGUCCAGACCGAGCAGCAAUGUCCUGACGGACUCCUCUUCAACGAUCAGGUCACCAACGGCCGCUACCCCUGUGACUACCCCGCCGAGGUCGACUGUGGCUCCAGGAGUAAAACUCAGACCCCCCAGCCUACCGAGAACUGUGGUCACCAGUGGGGUUACUUUGGCUCCGGCGACCCACAACAGUGUGGCUUCUUCUACAACUGUGUCGACGGCGUAAGCCACCUGAUCAACUGCCCCGCUGGCCUUGCCUUCUCUUCCUUCAGCUACCGCUGCGAGUGGCCUGACGAGUCCCCUGACUGCGACUCUGCUGCCUUCCUUGGGUUCUCGUGCCCAGCGGAGUCUAACACACUUGCACUGGGCGGGUACACACAACACAGUUCUCCCCGUGACUGUCGCCAGUUCUUCAUCUGCGUCAACAGUUCCCCAAGACUCCAGUUCUGCCAACUUGGUCUUGUCUUUGACGAGGUGACCUACACGUGUGUUGACCCACAGUACGUCUCUGGAUGCGAGAACUACUAUACCCCAGAGGAGCUGGAAUUGUACCGUGAACAGCGAGAGCGUCAGAGGCUCGCUGAAGAGAGGAGGAGGGAAGAACUGGAAGAACUUCGGCAACAGUUGGCUCAACGCAGGAGACAACAGCAGCCUUAAGGAAUCCGACUAUUGAUUACUGGAGCAACGACAGCAGUAACGGAUGAAGCACGCAGAAAACUACGACAGCGACAGUAUGAGCCGCGACAGCCAACUCUACAUCAAUGACAACAAUGAUGCUUGAUCAUGCAGCAAGAACUCAAAACUGUAAAAAAAAUUUCAAGCAUUUUGGACGAGUUCAGCUGAUUUGCAUGUACCUGUAUGUACCGACGAUACCACAACAACCAGAUCAAUUACAACCGAUUUUGCAA